UAUAUAUAUUCUGGCAGGCAGGCAGGGCUCAGUAUUCUAUCCACUCGUGGCCGAGCUCAAUACUAAUGACGAUCCAUCAUUGUUAAAUAUGGAAACUUCAGCAGAAGAAAUUGCCGUAGAUAUUCCUGACCUUAUUCGUAUAUACAAAGAUGGUCAUUUCGAGAAAUUUCAUGUUCCUGGUAGUGAUAUUGUUCCACCCGGAAUAGACCCUUCUACCGGUGUAAACUCGAAAGACGUUGUGUACUCGCCUGAAACCAACAUGUUUGCUAGGCUUUACAUUCCAAAAAAUGCAACCCCAACCCGCAAACUGCCUCUUCUAACAUUCAUCCACGGGGGAGGGUUUGUAAUCGGAACCGCGGCUUCAUCUCUUUAUCACAACUUCCUCAAUCUCCUUGUUUCGGAAGCCAAUGUUGCUGUUGUCUCCGUGGAGUAUAGGCUCUUCCCCGAAUUUCAACUUCAUAUAGCUUAUGGUGACUCGUGGGAGGCGAUCAAGUGGGUCGAGAGACAUGUUAAUGGGAUUGGUCCAGAGCCAUGGUUAAAUGAAUACGUGGAUUUUGAAAAGGUGUUUCUUGCAGGGGAUAGUGCAGGAGCUAACAUAGCUCACCAAAUGGCAAUCCGGGUUGGGUCCAAUAGUCUGGAUGGUAUGCGGUUCCAGGGUGCUAUUUUGCUCCACCCGUACUUUUGGGGAAAAGAACGGGUGGGGACAGAAUCUGAAUGGAUGGAACCUACAAUGAUCCGGUAUUUGGAUAACAUAUGGGAUGUGUUGAAACCGGAAGGUAGUCCUGGGUUGGAUGACAUGUUGAUCAACCCGGGUAUGGAUCCGAGAAUAGUGAGUAUGGGUGUCUCCGAGAUUUUGGUUUGUGUGGCAGGGGAUGAUUUUAUGAGGGAAAGAGAUCGAAAUUACAAAAAACUGAUUGAAGAAAGUGGAUGGAAAGGGAAAUUGGAGGUGGUAGAACACAAAGGGGAGGGGCAUGUAUUUUUUUACAAUAACCUUUUAUCUGAAAACGCUAUUGCUUUACGAACUAGAGUUUCUGCUUUCAUCAAUAAAACUUAAAAGUACGUCUCUAAACUCUUAAAUAUAGUGAUUUGAACUCGUUCAAGCCAGGCUUUUGUCGAGUUUGAGUUUGAAUUGAAGCAUAACAAAUGAACUCAAAAUUUAUAAUAACGAGUCAAACUCGAUCGAUCUGCGUACUAGCUUUCUGGGCUCUUAUUUUCUGAGCCUUAUGUAGUAUAUAAGUUAUAUCGAAUUUGUGAAUGUAUUAUUGUUGGUUACUGUUAAAUCAAUUUUAUCUACAUUGUUUA